AUGACACAACCAGAAGCACAACCACCAGCCGCCCCCUCUCCCCUCCCGCCCUCUUCCAUCGCCAAACUCCCAAAACUCACACCCCGCCGCGCCCCCCGAAACCGCGAACCCCCCACCGCCCCUCCCCCACCAACACCCUCCCUCCCACCACCCCCAAACCUCGCACACCACACCUACACACAACCCUCACGCAGAAUCCUCAGCCCAGAAGACCACGCGCUCUUCCUCGCCAGCCCGACAUGCACACUAGUCGAAGCUUUCAUCUACGGGAUCGCGGACAGCGCGCGCGACCGGCCCAUCUCCAGCAUCCGCGACGACGAAAUCACCGACACAGUGGGGAAAAUAGUGCGGAUCCUACAAGAAGCCGAAAAGGUGCUCGAUGCGCAUCCGCCCGAGGAUACAGGGUCGCGGUUCGGAAACCCCGUGUUUCGCGACUUUCUAGACGGAGUCGAGGAGCAGAUAUGCGAAUGGCACGCGCAGCUAGGCCUUAUAGACGCAGCACAAGUACGCGAAAUAUCCACCUACCUCCUGCACUCCUUCGGGAACAAACGGCGCAUCGACUACGGCUCAGGCCACGAGCUAAACUUCUUCCUCUGGCUCCUCUGCCUGAACCGCGUUGGCCUACUCGCACCCCCAACCUUCCCCGCGCUCGCCCUCGUCGUCCUACCCGCUUACCUGCACCUCAUGCGCCGCAUCCAAGGCGCGUAUUACCUCGAGCCCGCCGGGUCCCACGGCGUGUGGGGGCUGGACGACUACCAGUUCCUUCCCUUCCUGUUCGGCGCAGCGCAGCUUCUGCACCACGCGUACAUCACGCCGAAAGCUAUCCACAAUCCCCUCGUCCUGGAGGAAGCGGCCAGGGAGUUUAUCUACCUGGAUCAAAUCGCGUUUGUCAACAGUGUUAAGAAUGUCGAGGGCUUGCGCUGGCAUAGUCCUAUGCUGGAUGAUAUUUCCGCGAGUCGCGGGUGGGGGAAGAUUGAGGGCGGGAUGCGGAAGAUGUUUCGGAAGGAGAUUUUGGAGAAGUUGCCGGUUAUGCAGCAUUUUCUUUUUGGGAGCUUGGUGGAGGCGGUGGAGGGGAUGAGUACGGAGGGUGAGGCGGGGGUGGUGAGCGAGCAGGAGGAAGAGGAGGGCGGGGAGGUGGAGGUUUUUACUGAUGAGGCCGGGAAGAGACAUGUGCAUGCUAGUGUUGGGUGGGGGGAUUGCUGUGGGAUAAGAGUCCCGGCGGCGAUUGGGGCGGAGGGGGAGGCGAGGAAGGGGGGGGCGAGGGGGUUAAGGAGGGUGCCUUUCGACUGA